AGAGAAGAGGAGGGAGGAGUUUAAUCGGAGCUGCUGCGAGAAGACGAAACAUCUUCCAACGCAUUCCUCUGCUGCUGGAGCGAAAGAGGAGUCAGCUGACGAGAGGAGGGUCCAGGGGGCGGGGCUUCUGUGACAAUUACUCCAUGCUAACGAGCACUUUGGUAACACUAAGCUGAACCUGUGGACUUUAGUGUCAUAGCUGAGCCAGAGCUGAGGAGGAACUGAGCAGGAGACAUGGAGAAUGUUCCACAGGAGUGGAGGAUGAGGAGGAGGGAGGAGAUGAUGGUGAAGAGUGGAGGUGAGGAGGUGGACAAGGAGACGCUGAUGAUGGAGCUGACGAAGCUGGUGCAGGAGAUGGUGCGAGAGAGCAGCUGGUGGGAGAAGAGAGGAAUCGACUGCAGCAUCCUGACUGCAGCUUUCCUGUGUCUGCCGCCAGCCUUCAUGCUGCUGUCCUCCUCUCACAUCCUGGGGUUCUCUGCCGGUUGGAUCUUGAUGGCCGUGGCUCACGCCGUCAUCACCGUCAAAGGGACACAUUUGGCGAGUCAUGGGGCGCUGAGCGAGUCGCAGACCUGGUCCAGGUUCUGGGCCGUCUUCUUCAUCGAGAUCUGCGGCUCGUUCUCUGCGCGGGCUGGUGUGCAGGGUCACAUAAAGAUGCAUCACGCUUACACUAACGUGGUCGGACUGGGCGACUCCAGCGUGUGGAAGGUUCCGUUCCUGCCUCGCAGCGUCUACCUGUUCAUCGCCCCGCUCACCCUUCCACUCAUCACUCCAUUAGUGGCACUCGCUCACAUUAGAGGUCAGUCUUUCGUGGUAAUUUCCAGGACCGUCCUCAUGGUGGCGCUGGGUUUGUUCUCUCACUUCUGGCUCCUGGUCCACGUCUCUGGAUUCCGGUCUCCCAUCACGGCCUUGUUGUGUAUGUUCACCUGCAGAGCAGCGUUCUCUGUGCCGUACAUACACGUCAACAUUUUCCAGCAUAUCGGCCUCCCCAUGUUCUUACCGACCCGUCGACCCAAGCGGAUUUACCAGAUGAGCCACGGCGUCCUGAACUUACCCAGAAACCCUCUGCUGGACUGGAUCUUUGGACACUCGCUCAUCAACUGUCACGUGGAGCAUCAUCUCUUCCCCUUCCUGUCUGACAACAUGUGUUUGAAGGUGAAACCCGUCGUGUCCAAGUUCCUGAGCGAGAAGCAGCUUCCGUACCAGGAGGACACGUACCUGUCCCGCCUGAGCGUCUUCUUCCACAGGUACCAGGAGCUGAUGGUGUUUGCUCCUCCCAUCACAGAGCUGGUGGGGGUGCAGUGAUACUAAGGCCUGCUAAUGCUAAUGACUGCUAACGCUAAGGACUGCCGGUACAAAAGCACAAGCUUCUGUGAUUAAAGACGUUUCUGCUGAUUCACCACAACUUCCAAGGUUUGAACUCUUGUCUGCACUCACACCAAACACAAACCAUUUUCUCCUCACAUUACUCCGGGGGCAGCUUAUGGCUGAGUGGGACAGAAUUGGGCUUGUAAUCAGAGGGUUACUGGUUUGAAUCCCCUGGUGUAGCCCUGGGCAAGGUACCCACUCUCCACUGCUCAGUGAUAAUUGGACACAAGGGGGCCACAUCAAGGGUUCUCUUAGGGCCGUGUUAAUGUGCAGAUCAAACACUGUGGCGCCCACUAGAGAUGGAGACACUGCAAAACAUUAGGUCAUACUUUUCACAUCCGCGGUCCACUAGGGUCUGCUAGGGUACACAAGUGUCUUCUAGGGUAAAAGUGAUAAAAUUAAAUUAAAAUGAAUUCAAAUUUGGCUCGGCCCUUAACGAUAUUUCAUGUUUCUCAUGUGGCCCCUUGUGGAAAAUAAUUUUCCACCACCCCUGCACUAGAGUCCGUCUAUUUUGUAUUUUUUUAGAAUUUGCGUUGCCUGACGACACAAAUAUUUUACUUUGCGUCCGGUGUGAAUGAAGACGUACAAAUGGCUAGGUUUUUUUUUCGACCAGUGAAGAGAAUGAAUGAAUGAAUGAAUGGAUGAAUGGUGUCUCUCCUGAAAUGAUUAAAUCGACUGAAUCAAUGGUUCAAACAAACAAAAGCUUGAUUAGCUUUGACGAGUGGUUGCAGUUAAAGCCGCAGUCGCAGAUUCAGAUCAAACUUGAGUCUCAGGAUUCAUGGUUUCACAACGUUGUUGUUACAUAAAUAAAACUCUUUAAGAGUUAUUUUAGUUAUAACGUCCAGUCUUCACAUUGUUUCAUAGAAUCCAAAUAUUUGUCUUUAUAUUAAAGUUUUAUCAAAUCA